AUGGAUAAAUCUGUACUUGAACAAAUUUUAAAAAUAGUUGAAACUCUAUAUGGUAGAUAUGUCAAAGGUAAUUGGAUACCUAAACCGUAUGCGGAUAAUAAAAGUCGUUACUUAUGGACGGAUGCGUACGGUGUUUGCAAUUUUCUGACAUUAUAUCGAGAAACGAAUGAUGGUCAAUACCUCGAACAAGCUGAUGCGCUCGUUAAUAAUGUACAUGAUAUUCUUGGAAGAGAACGAGAUGGAAGCAAGCGCCUAGGAACAGCAACAGAUGAACACCCAACACGUGGAGGAUUACGGAUUGGAAAAGUCGAUGAUGAAACAUCGUACGACGGUGAUGGGCAAUAUUUCCAUUACUUAACCAAAUGGGCAUUUGCUUUAAGUCGUAUGGCCAAAGUAAAAAAUGACCAACGUUACGUUCGUUGGGCUAUUGAUCUUAUCAAAGCAGUUCAUCCAAAUUUCGUCUACCGUGAUCGUAAUAAUCAACUUCAUAUGUAUUGGAAGAUGAGCAUUGAUUUAUCGUAUCCAUCGGUACCUUCGGAAGGCAAUCUCGAUCCGUACGAUGGUUAUAUAACUUAUCGAUUGAUAGACGAAAUGGCCGCAGAACGAGAAUUGGAAAAUGAAAUUGCGGAUAUGAAAGCAAUGGUCGACGCCAAAUAUGCACGCUAUCGUUCAUCGGAUCCGUUAGAUUUAGGUGAAGCACUGUGGAUUACACAUUGGUAUCCAGAUGAACAGUGGGCACAGACCAUGGCUUCGAAAUCAUUACAAGCGUUGGAAGAACUGUGGAAAGAAGGUGAUUUUCGUGAACCAUUAAAUCGGCGAUUAGCAUUUCGAGAAUUCGGCACAACGAUUGGUGUACAGGUUAACGGCAAAGCUAGCGAUGAAUGGAAGAAGAGAGUCGGUGAAAUUCAUGACCUGUGGCUACCACAUCUUUACAAACGAGAUAAAGAUAUUUCGCCAGUUAUGUUCUGUACUAGUCUUUGGCCCGGUGUCGUGAGUCGACAUUAUCUAUAG